UACUGAAAGCGUGUCCGGAACUAGCGCUUCCUAAACGUAAGAAGCAUAUCCAAGCCCGGUGUAUGCUGCUGUGAUAUGACACGUUUACAUUGUCAUUAGAAAUAGAGCAACUAUUUUCUCAAUUUCCCCCAUGAAUGGAUUGCUUCGAAGAGGAUUUAGUCAACGCUCUUCGAGAAAUUGUAAACAGUAGCAACUGGCAGUGUGUCGGAUCAACAUGUAAUUUUAAAUCCCAAUGCACCAAACUUUAUUCGGAAGACGGGGAACACAUUGUUCUUGUGCACACCGAAAACGAUGGAUACUGGGCGAUGGAUUCAUCGUGUCCUCAUGAAGGAGGACCGCUUGAUCUUGGUGAUAUUGAGGACUUGGGCAAUGGAAAACUGGCAUUAAUAUGCCCUUGGCAUCAGUUUGACUUCUGCCUGGAGACUGGUGAAUCCUCCACUGGACUUAUGAACCAAGUCUAUGAGGUCAGAGUGGUCCAGGGAAAGAUUUACAUAAACACACAAAAUGCCCUAUCACUCUGUCCCAUUCCAGAAAAAGACACGUUAUCAUUCGGCAGAGUGUUACUAGAUGAUGCAAAGUCCACAUCUUCUGAGGAUUCGCUCUGCUUCUGGGCAACAAAAAUCCUCCUUACCCCAGACCCCAAUGAGAAGGUCAUUCUGACACAGGAAGCAUUACAACGGUGGAAUUCUGGCAGGAUCACGGACGUGGGCCAGGCAACACCGCCAGCUCAGCCCAGCAGGAAGCACAGCCUGACUGUGCUGGACCCGGGGAAGAUCAAGCGUGGCAAAGGAGGCACAUUGGCCAGCAGGAUUGCCCUGUUGCACUCUUUGGCCAAUAUAGAGCAAUGGGCCAUAGACCUGUCUUGGGACAUAAUCGCCCGGUUCUGUUCAGUGACGCUGAGCUCUGGGGAGCCCCUGCCCCGCCAGUUCUUCAGUGACUUUGUCAAAGUUGCGGGAGAUGAGGCCAAGCAUUAUCACUUGCUGGAGAAACGGAUCACAGAACUUGGCAGCUUUUUUGGUGCUUUACCUGUGCACAAUGGACUCUGGCAGUCUGCAACAGACACAUCCCAUGACCUGCUGGCCAGGCUGGCUAUUGUGCACAUGGUACAUGAAGCCAGUGAUGAGGCGGAGUUGUCUCCCUGCAGGGGUCUGGACGUGCACCCCCAGACGCUGUCACGCUUUGCAGCGCAGAGCGAUGAGAGCUCUGUGCAGGCACUGGAGGUCAUCUACAGAGAUGAGAUCACACACGUGGCAGCAGGGCUCAAAUGGUUCACAUACAUCUGCUCAAAAGAAGCACGGGAUUGUUUGUCAACAUUCCAUGAGCUGGUGAAGCAGCACUUUAAAGGAUAUCUGAAGCCUCCCUUUAAUACAGAGGGAAGGAGAACAGCAGGGAUGACAGAGGAGUGGUAUGUGCCGCUGGUCAAGCCUUCUAGCUGAAUGAAGAUUUAAUACAAGCCAUUAUGCUGCAGUCCAAGGGUGUUCUUCACAAACACAAUCACAAGGCCCAUCUGUACUCGAGCACAUCUCUGGAGUGUUCCUACCACAACUUAGUGUGAAUUAUGACUUCAGUCUUGCAAAACAACUGGAGUAUGUUCUCACUUCCUGGAGUUCAGUGCAGUGGUCAAGACAUUCUCUUUGAGAAUCUGCUUCAUUUAUUUGGAUAUUUGACUCAUCUUUACUGCAUUGUCAUGUAAAUUAGUUUUGAAGCCAACAACAGCUUUCUCAACAUGCUACCAAUCUCAUCAAAUGCAUGAGCACACAGCUGACUGUUAAAUCGCUGAAAACCUCAGUACUUGCUAUUGUGCUGCUGAUGACAUUAUGCUGUAAAACAAAAUAAUUCUAUAAACAAUGUCUUUAAAGGGAUUUGAAACAA